CGCAAAGCGAUAUGGACCGAUAUCUGUUGCUACCCUUUUGUGUGUUCACGGUGGACUAGCUGAUGGUGAUUCCAGGAAAAGAGAAACAAGAAAACAGAGAUAAUGCAGGUGCUCGAUGCCGCCAUGGAAGUGUAGAGAAGGCCUUAGACAGCGAGCUCAUCAGAAAUGGAGGCCGCCAAUCGAUUAUGCUCCCAGUCGUUCCUUACCUCCAGUGCUUAUCUCAAAGCCAACCACCCUGCUCUUCCUUGUCCUACUUCAGUGUUAUUGUUUCAUGAACGCACUCCUCUGGUGGUGCGCGCCAUGUCAACUACAUCAACGCUCUGCCAUUUUCCUGCAUCAGUCCUUUUACAAGAACAGCGGGAUGAUACUAGGCAUUCUCUUCAUAUUGCUAGGGAUGAUAGAACGUCCGAGCUGAAGACAAUGAUCGAUAAUGAGGCAUUAGCUCUAACGAAUUAUAGCGCUCUUGAUCAAUACUUGAAAGACUUUGAGCGCCAACUGCUUUAUGGGCCGGUUUUUUGGAACAUAACAUUAUCCUCUAGUGCAGAGGUCCUGCCUGUGGAAACUGGGGCACGAAUGACAGAUAAUGAUGUGUGCCAUAAUGAAAGCACAAAGAAGCAGCAAAGUUUUGAUGCUGUAACACCAUGGGAUGUGUUAACACUUGCAAAACAGGCAGUGGUGGCUUCCAAAGAAGCUGCAUCUUUAUUGUCAGAUUCUAGGAACCUAGCCACUGAUUUUGAAGAGCUACAUUCACCAGGUCUGAUGAGGGAAGAAUUUGUUGAUGAGAAUUGCCUAGAAGAGAUAACCGUAAGGUCAAACAAGCAUUUGGAGAGGAAAGCAAAGAGACAGAAGUUGCCCAAAAAGGCAAAGGACCUUCAAGCCAUUCCUUCACAAGUUCCAGAUAAGAACCGGAGAGUCAAUCUCAAAAGCUUUGAUCCUGAGGAUCCUCUCAGGUUAUUCUUGUCAGGUCCUGAAACAACGGAGCUUUUGACAGCAAAAGAAGAAGAAAAGCACUUUUCCCAAGUUCAGGAUCUUAUGAAACUUGAGGAAUUAAAACAGCAGCUGCACUUGCAGUCCGGUCGUGUGCCAACAUUAGUUGAAUGGGCUGAAGCUGUUGGCACAAGCUGCCAUGUUCUGCAGUCACGCCUUCAUUUGGGGAUGAAGAGUAGAGAUAAAAUGAUUUAUGCUAACCUCCGUUUGGUGGUUUAUAUUGCUAAAAGUUACCAAGGCAUGGGAAUUAGCUUGCAAGAUUUGCUUCAGGCAGGAAGUAUGGGCCUUAUAAGAAGUUUAGAGAAGUUUAAUCCCAGAUGUGGUUGUCGAUUUUCAACAUAUGCAUACUGGUGGAUACGCCAAUCAAUUAGAAGGGCUAUAUUUCAGAAUUCAAGGACCAUAAGAAUACCGGAAAGUGUAUAUGGGAUCUUGAAACAAAUAAGAGAUACGAGGAGGCUAUGCAUUCAAGAGGGACAUACUCCAACAAAUGAAGAGCUAGCCAGACGAAUUGGAAUAACAGUUGAGAGGCUGACAGAGAUCUUGAUGUCUACAAGAAAACCAACUUCGCUUCAACAGUCUACAUGGAUGGAUCAAGAUGUCACCUUUCAGGAAGUUACUGCCGACCCAAAGGUUGAAUGCCCAGAGGUGAGCAUUAACAAGCAGUUGAUGAGGAGACAUAUUCGCAAUCUGCUGAGCAUACUGACUCCUAAAGAAAGGAAAAUAAUUAGAUACCGUUAUGGGAUGGAUGGUGGCAAAUGUCAUUCCUUAUCAGAGGUUGGUGAAACGUUGGGAUUGUCGAAGGAGAGGAUUCGGCAAGUAGAAAAUCGUGCAAUUGACAAGCUUAGGAAGUGCAGUGAAAGCCAUGGUCUUGCUGCCUAUUCACACUUGCUUAUGUAAAGGUGUUAACGUCAAACAUACAAUACCUUAUACAUCAUGUGUAGUGAUGUUUUUCUUGCGCAUUAUAACAGCCUCAUACAUCUUUUCCACAUCUGUAAUUAACUCCAGAAAUCUGAAAAUUGUAUGUAUCAAAAUUCGAUGAAAUUCUCUCCCUUUGUUGGA